AUGAGCGUACCAGUGGAGGUGGUUGAUUAUGCCGUCAGCAACGAUAAUGAUGAGCAAUGUUUUCAGGGACUUUCAUGGUCAGCACGGAUUCAGGGAUAUGUACUCUUCACGGCGUUGGGCUUUUUCUCUUCAGUUAUGGGUUGGAUCGCCUUGGGCAUCGGUUACUAUUGGAAAUACUCCGUUUUAUCAACUCUUGGUUCUGUAAUGUCCUUAGCAAGCACAUUUAUUCUUAUGGGCCCUCGAGCACAACUUUGUUAUAUGUUUGAUGAGUAUCGCCGGAUCACUUCCAUGCUCUACAUUAGUUCCUUGCUCCUCACUUGGAUCGUGGCUAUAGUGUACAGGUCUGCCUUUUUGUGCAGUCUUUGUGGUUUGCUACAGUACGCAUGUUUGAUAUGGUAUUCGCUUUCGUACGUCCCAUAUGGCCAGGAGGCGGUCUUAAGAUUUUUUAGUUGUAUCAUUUCCCAACACUAA